AUGGAUCCUAACCAUCCCAACCAUCUCAACCCUCAUUUUCACGCCCUCGACAUCAUCCUCGGCUACCUCAACCGCGGCAACUCCGCCCUCGAGAUCCAACAUCUCUCCUCCGUUGCAGAAGCCUGGUGCCAGCAACAUCACCCUUUACCACUCAAUCACCCCCCAGUCAAUCUUGAUGAAGUCCUCUGGACUCACCCUUUUCUGUUCGAUCUCAGCAUCCGGUCCUUUGCCCGCCUCAACCCCUUCAAUGGCUGCAGAUGUAGAAGCAACUUCACCCAAAACACCAGGCUAAGCCAGAACAACACUUCCCCGUCUUCCCUAUCACACAUCAGACCCCUCGUCACAGCCCAGCAAUUCUUCUUUGCCAUGAUCGAUGCGUAUACGCUGCACGUAGGAGGAAACGGUAGGUGCUUCCACGACCGCAUCGUUGCCCAGGACCUCAAGGCCUCGCCAAUCAUCUACUACAUCCCCGAAGUGAUUCAUCGCAUCGCCGCGCUGAAUGUUUGUGAGCUGCUCACCAGUGAGUUUUCGACUUUUAGCCCAAAGACCAGCUUGGGCUUCUCGUACCAUCUUGCAAAGGCGGUGGAUAUCGUCAUGAUGGAUGCUCCUCCGGUCAACACUAUCGAGGAUUACGGUCUUGCAGAGCCGAUGGACAUUGAUGAUUUCAACCAAGAGGCACUUGCGCUGAAAAAUCCCUUUGCUAAUGUCAAUGCUCGUGCAAACACACGUCGAGGAAAGCGGAAGUUUGGGCCCAAAGGCAACAAGAGCUCUCGACCUAAUGACUCUCGAUCCAAUCACAUUAGAUCUAAUCAGUCUCGACCUAAUCAUUCUCAAUCUGGUCACUCUCGAUCUAAUCGCUCUCGACCUAAUCACAAUCACACCCAGUCUAGUCACUCUCACAGUAAGCAAUCUUCGGGUGUCAAGAAGAAGAGAAAGAAGAAUCAUUGA